AUCAAAGUCUCAUCUGUGCCACAGUUUGUUAUAUAACCGGUCACAUGAUAUCACCCAGUCAUACCCUACAUCGGUUUGGCCACUGACUGUAUUGAAGGCAGAAUAUGCAACCAACAGUUAGACAACAGCUCUGGUACUUUCAACUCAAGACAACAUGACCUGCACGGAUUCUGCAGAAAGUCCGGCAAACCGGCGUCUGCCUCUCCCGGCGUGCGAGGUGAACAGGCGACUUCUACCUGUCAAAGGCUUCUACUUCUUCUUCCAUUCAGCCAGCUCGUGUCUGUGGCCGUACAUCCCCGUGUACAUCCGCCAUCUCGGCGUCCCCGCCUACCAGGCCGGGCUCAUCAGCGGGGCGCAGCCGUUCGCAGGUUUCCUCUUCAAACCCAUCCUGGGGUUCGUGGCGGACAGGCUGGACAAACAUAAACAAGUGCUGCUUGUGUCUAUCUUUCUCUGCCUCACAUUCCUUUUCUGCUCCUACUUUGUUCCUCCUGUGCAGACGUCAACUUUAAUGUCAAAUGACGAGUUCAACUGCACCCCUUACACUCUUGAAACAAUAAGCUUGCCUACGACUCUCAGGAAAACUUGCGUAUUAGGGCAAAACGUGCCAGGAACCUUAGAUAUACCUUCAUGCAAUUCUAGUAAAUAUAUGAGCGGAGCAAAUCAUUUCACCGCAGAUAACAUUACAGAACAAAUUACCUGCUUAAGUAGCGCAGAACUGGCUGUAAAUUUGACUGGUCUGUACAUGUGCUGUCCAAGAAACGAAACCUUAACAGAUGGUUGUUCUGUAUGUCAAUGUACCGAGGCAACAUGUGACAGCACUCAGGAGGGAGACAGUGAAAUAGGUGGGGGUUGGACGUUGACGUUUUGGUUGCUGUUCUUGCUGCUUGUUCCCGGGCUGUCCAUACACGCGUCAGUGCUAACCCAGUCUGAUGCCUACACGAUGCAGACCCUGGGUGAGGAGAAGACGGAAGGGUACGGGCGGCAGCGUCUCUGGGGCUCCAUCGGCUGGGGCAUCUUUGCGACGGUUUCUGGGUUUUCUACGGACCUUCUGGGAGACGAAAACGGCCAGUCCAACUAUGACUUUGCAUUCUACAGCUUUGCGGCUUUCGGCAUGGUUACCUUGUUAUUGGUUGGCUUCACGUUUAAAUCAUGGAACCAAUCUGAACAACAUAAUAUGGCACAUCACAUCAGGCAACUGAUAUGUAAGAAAAACGUAAUUGUCUUUCUGUCAGUUUUGUUCGUUUUGGGGUCAUCGUUUGGCGUCUUGGAAACUUUUGCCUUCUGGUUUUUAAAAGACCUUGGAGGAAGUCAGCUUCUGUUAGGUCUAUGUUUGACUGUUAAUUGCAUUGCAGAAGUACCGUUUUUCUUCUUUUCGGGUAAACUUAUUGAGAAGAUCAGCCACAAAGGUGUUUUCACAGUCGCCCUGUUCUUCUUUGCUCUGCGCUUUCUGCUCCUGUCUCUGCUGGUGGACCCGUGGUGGGCCAUCCCGGUGGAGGUUCUGCACGGCACCACGUACGGCGCCAUGUUUGCUGCCUCCACCACCUACGCCAGUCAGAUCGCCCCGCCAGGCAUGGAGGCGACGAUGCAGGGUGUCAUGGGAGCCGUCUUCAUGGGUGUGGGUUGGGCGUCUGGAUCGCUGAUAGGGGGCGCUCUUUUCGAUCGGUACGGCGGAGUUGUUCUGUUCCGGGUCUACGCAGGCGUGUGCCUGUUCACCUGUGUGGUGUACACGGUCGUGUCCAGGUGGAUUAAAGAGGACCUCGGCGUGGACACCAAAGAGCUGGUUGAAGGAGCGCCUGCAAUGGAGAAGCCUGCAGCUGACCAGGGUGGAAUUGACGGGCCGUGCGGUGACGUAGAGAGAGUGACGUCAGUAUAGUGGAACCGGGUGACAUUGCCAUUGACAUCAUCAAUACGAGCGAUUCACUCGGGCAUCAGUGUACAUCAUGCUGUAAUAUCAGACUCGCUGUCAUAAGAUAUACUAGUACAUACGAACGAUAACUGCCGUGACCGUUCCCGUUAAUAAUUCUGAUCCGAAGGCAAAUAGAUGAUCCCGUAUAUGAGGAUUGAAUAGAUACUAGUAGUGUAAACGAAUGUGAGCAUCUUUUUGGAUGACGUUUUCA